UGUGUGUGUGUGUGUGUGUAGGGGGAAGGGGUUGUAUGCGAGGGUCAGGUCACUUGGGGUGAAAACCCUCAUCAGCCCCCUCCCCCACAUUCCUGGCGGGAGUGAGAGAUAAGGCUCAGGGUCACAGACAUCUGCGUCAGAGAUAGGAGGUCUCAAUGCCAUGGGCAGGGGCAACUCGGACUGCAGGGCGUGGGAAGGCCUGGGGAAGACUGGAGUGAGAAGGGUAGAAGAAGGCAGGCAGGUGGUGGGAUGGGGAAGGGAGAGUGGGGAAGGCCCUGGGCAGACCCUGACAGAGGGGUACAGGGCAGGUUGUGGGUUUGCCAUUGUCAGGGACAGGUGAGCUAUGUUGCCCUGGCUGCCACUGCUACUCCUCUUGCUGGUGGCCCCACAGCAGGGGCAUAGCUGCCAUGGGCCGGAGGUGGACCGGGAACUUGUCCUGGCAAAGGUGAGGGCCCUAUUCCUGGAUGCCUUGGGGCCCCCAGCAGUGACCCGUGAACGUAGGGAUCCUGGAGUCAGGCGUUUGCCCCGAAGACAUGCUGUGGGGGGCUUCAUGCGCAGGGGCUCUGAGCCCGAGGAGGAGGAUGUCUCCCAGGCCAUCCUUUUCCCAGCCACAGGUGCCAGCUGUGAGGACCAGCCAGCGGUGGGAGAGCUGGCCCAGGAGGCUGAGGAGGGCCUCUUCACAUAUAUGUUCCGGCCAUCCCAGCACACACGCAGCCGCCAGGUGACUUCGGCCCAGCUGUGGUUACACACCGGACUGGACAGGCAGGGCACAGCAGCCCCUAAUAGCUCUGGGCCCCUGCUAGACCUUUUGGCUCUGUCAUCUGGGGGUCCCAUGGCUGUGCCUAUGUCAUUGGGCCAGGCACCCCCUCGCUGGGCUGUGCUAAACCUGGCUGCCUCUGCCCUCUCUCUGCUGACCCGGCCUGUCCUGGUGCUACUGCUGCGCUGUCCUCUCUGUUCCUGCUCAGCCAGGCCUGAGACCACCCCCUUCCUGGUAGCCCACAUGCGUGCCAAACUGCCCAGCGGAGGGGAAAGAGCCCGUCGCUCGACUCCCCCGCUGCCCUGGCCUUGGUCUCCUGCCGCAUUGCGCCUGCUGCAGAGGCCUCCAGAGGAGCCCGCUGCCCAUGCCCACUGCCACAGGGCAGCUCUCAAUAUCUCCUUCCAGGAGCUGGGCUGGGAGCGGUGGAUCAUACACCCUCCCAGUUUCAUCUUUCACUAUUGUCACGGUAGCUGUGGGCUGUCCACCCAACCAGACGGGCCUCUACUAGUCCCUGGGGUUCCCCCUACCCCUGUCCAGCCCCCUUCUCUGGUGCCAGGGGCCCAGCCCUGCUGUGCUGCUAUCCUGGGAACCAUGAGGCCCCUACAUGUCCGCACUACCUCAGAUGGAGGCUACUCUUUCAAGUAUGAGACAGUGCCCAACCUUCUCACGCAGGACUGCGCGUGCUUCUAAGGGAGCCUGCUGGUGGCCAAGCCCCCACCAUCACGUGCUGGGAGGAAGAACAGAAUUUGGAAAAAAGAUGUUACCCAUUUCCCUCCUCUUUCCACUUCUCUGCCUGAGGGCUCCCAUCCCCGUCUCACCCCUGUCCCAUAGGCAACGUGACAAUAAACAACCCAGUGCAUAUGACGUGA